CGGUGCCGGUGCCGGAACCUGGUCUCCUCGCGGUCUUGGCUCAGAGCAGCUCCCACCUCAGGCCAAGAUGAGCAGCUGUUCAGAGUAACUGGGAGGACCAGUGUCCUGGGCAGCCCAGCAGGUCUGGACAGAGCCCUGCUGGCGGGAACCAUGACAGAGGCUGGGGAUGCAGCACUGUCAGUGGCUGAGUGGCUGCAGGCACUGCACUUGGAGCAGUACACCGUGCUCUUUGAGCAUCAUGGACUGGUGCGGGCCACAGAUUGCCAAGGCCUCAGCGAUGCCCGCCUGGUGGACAUGGGUGUACAACUGCCUGGCCACCGCCGCCGCAUCCUGGCUGGCCUGCUCCGUGCUCAUGCACCUCCAGCCCCAGCACCCCGCCCUACCCCACGGCCCGUGCCCAGGAAGCGUAAUGUCUUCCGCCCACUGCCCUCACCCACCACUCCACCUGAGCCACUGCCCACGACCAGAGAGGAUGAGGGACUACCCACUGCCCCACCUAUCCCACCCCGGAGGAGCUGCCUUCCUCCUGCCUGCUUCUCUACCCCUUCCACAGCUGUCCCAGACCCUGCGCUGCCCCCUGCGCUGCCCCCGCUGCCUGCCAAGCGCCAUUUGGCAGAGUUAAGUGUUCCACCUGUGCCCCCUCGCACUGUGCACCCCCGUCCAUCCGUGAGCCCUCCCUACAAAGAAGAGGAGUUACUGUCAUCACCACUGUCAACCUCUCCUCAGCCAGAACCUGAGGAGUCCCCGGCCACCUUCCCCCGGGAGCCUCCCCAGCCCCCGUCUCCCAGCCUCCCAGAUAUCCCCCCAAAGCCUCUUCACCGGUUCCCAGAGUUCGAUGACCCUGACUACGAUGAGACCCCAGAGGAGGGGCCAGGAGCCCCAGCUGGCGUGAUGACCAAGAAGGAGGAGCCUCCAGUGAGCCAAGUCCCACGUGCCGUGCGUGUGGCCAGUCUGCUGAGCGAGGGGGAGGAACUGUCGGACGACCAAGGGGAUGAAGAAGAGGAUGACCAGGCCUACGAGGGCAUCCCCAAUGGUGGAUGGCGCACCAGCCACCUGAGCUCAUCCUUGCCCAGCAGCCUCCUGAUCCCCGAGCUACCACCCCAUCCCAUGGAUCGACGCUACUCUAAGCGCUUUAUCUCUGUGGCGUGCAUCUCUCGCGUAGCUGCCAUUGAGGACCAGAAGUUUGAAGUGAUCACGAACAACCGGACCUUUGCCUUCCGGGCAGAGAGUGAUGCGGAGCGGAAGGAGUGGAUACAGGCCCUGCAGCAGGCAGUGGCCGAGCAGCGUGCCCGGGCCCGGCUAUCUAGUGCUUCUCUGUUGGGUGUUCAAGGCUCAGAGCUGCCUGACCGUGCUGGCAGCCUGGAGCUGCGUGGCAUCAAGAAUAAACUGUAUGUGGCUGUGGUUGGGGACAAAGUGCAGCUUUACAAGAAUCUGGAGGUACGAAGGGGUGGGCCAGGCUGCUAAAUCUCUCCCCUGCUCCAUGCCCGCUCUGGUCCUUUAACCCCACCCCAUCCUCUCUUCUCCCAUUCCUAUGUCUCCAGCUUCUCAGCCGAAACAGAACUAGAGAAGGAGCAGUGGCUGGAGGCCAUGCAGGGAGCCAUUGCCGAGGCCCUGUCUACCUCAGAGGUGGCCGAGCGCAUCUGGGCCGCGGCCCCCAACAGAUUCUGUGCUGACUGCGGGGCUGCCCAGCCUGACUGGGCCUCCAUCAACCUCUGUGUCGUCAUCUGCAAGCGCUGUGCAGGGGAGCAUCGUGGCAUGGGUGCUGGCGUCUCCAAGGUACGGAGCCUGAAGAUGGACAGGAAGGUGUGGACAGAAACACUCAUCGAGCUCUUCUUACAGCUGGGCAAUGGCGCCGGGAACCGCUUCUGGGCAGCCAGCGUGCCUCCCAGUGAGGCCCUGCAGCCCCACAGCAGCCCCAGUGCCCGGCGGCGCCACCUGGAGGCCAAAUACCUCGAGGGCAAGUACCGCCGUUACCAUCCACUCUUUGGCAACCAGGAGGAGCUGGACAAGGCCUUGUGUGCCGCAGUCACUACCACAGACCUGGCCGAGACCCAGGCGCUCCUGGGCUGUGGAGCUGGGGUCAAUUGCUUCUCAGGGGACCCAGAGGCUCCCACACCCCUAGCUCUUGCCGAGCAGGCGGGGCAGACACUGCAGAUGGAAUUCCUUCGGAACAACCGGACCACAGAGGUACCUCGGCUGGAUUUGAUGAAGCCCCUGGAAAAGCACUACUCUGUUGUCCUGCCAACUGUGAGCCACAGUGGCUUCCUCUACAAGACCGCUUCUGCUGCCAAGCUGCUGCAGGACCGCCGUGCCCGGGAAGAGUUCAGCCGACGCUGGUGUGUCCUUAGUGAUGGGGUCCUGAGCUACUAUGAGAACGAGCGGGCAGUGACCCCCAACGGGGAGAUUCGGGCCAGCGAGAUUGUGUGCCUGGCAGUGUCCCCUCCUGACACCCACGGCUUUGAGCACACCUUUGAGGUGUACACGGAGGGAGAGCGACUAUAUCUAUUUGGACUGGAGAGUGCGGACCUGGCUCGUGAGUGGGUCAAGUGCAUUGCUAAGGCGUUCGUGCCUCCCCUGGCUGAGGAUCUGCUGGCCCGGGAUUUUGAGCGGCUUGGGCGCCUACCCUACAAAGCUGGCCUGAGCCUGCAGCGGGCCCAGGAGGGCUGGUUCUCUCUCACCGGCUCCGAGCUCCAUGCCAUCUUCCCAGAGGGGCCUUGCGAGGAGCCAUUGCAACUGCGGAAACUGCAGGAGCUUUCCGUCCAAGGGGACAGCGAGAACCAGGUGUUGGUGCUGGUGGAGAGAAGGAGGACACUGUAUAUCCAGGGAGAACGGCGACUGGACUUUGCGGGCUGGCUGGGGUCCAUCCAGAAAGCAGCGGCCAGCUCGGGGGAUACACUGUCGGAGCAGCAGCUGGGAGACUCGGACAUCCCAGUGAUAGUGUACCGCUGCGUGGACUACAUCACACAGUGUGGCCUGACCUCCGAGGGAAUCUACCGCAAGAGUGGACAGACUUCGAAGACACAGCAGCUGCUGGAGAGCCUGCGGCAGGAUGCUCGCUCUGUGCGCCUCAAGGAGGGCGAGCAACAUGUGGACAACGUCUCCUCAGCGCUCAAACGCUUCCUGCGAGACCUGCCUGAUGGGCUCUUCACUCGAGCCCAGCGCCUGUUCUGGCUGGAGGCUUCAGAGAUUGAGGAUGAGGAGGAGAAGAUCUCCAGGUACCGAGGGCUCCUGGCACGUCUGCCACCAGUCAACCGGGCCACAGUGAAGGCCCUGAUCAGCCAUCUGUACUGCGUCCAGUGCUUCUCCGACACGAACCAGAUGAACACACACAACCUGGCCAUCGUGUUUGGGCCCACGCUCUUCCAGACGGAUGGGCAGGACUACAAGGCUGGCCACGUGGUGGAAGACCUCAUCAACCACUAUGUGGUGGUGUUCAGUGUGGACGAGGAGGAGCUGAGGAAGCAGCGGGAAGAGAUCACCGCCAUUGUAAAGAUGCGUGUGGCUGGCACUGCCAGUGGGACACAGCACGCCGGUGACUUCAUCUGCACUGUGUACCUGGAGGAGAAGAAAGCAGAGGCUGAGCAGCAUAUCAAGAUCCCAGCAUCCAUGACAGCUGAGGAGCUGACCCUGGAGAUUCUGGAUCGCAGGAAUGUGAGCAUCAGGGAGAAGGACUAUUGGACCUGCUUUGAGGUCAAUGAGAGGGAGGAGACAGAGCGCCCCCUGCACUUUUCGGAGAAGGUGCUGCCCAUCCUGCACGGGCUGGGCAUAGACAGCUACCUGGUGGUGAAGAAGUACCAAUCCAUGGAGGCCAUGCUGCUGUACCUGGCCAGCCAUGUGGGUGACACCAAGCAUGGCAUGAUGAAGUUCCGCGAGGACCGCAGCCUCCUGGGCCUGGGCCUGCCCUCAGGUGGCUUCCACGAUCGCUACUUCAUCCUCAACAGCAGCUGCCUGCGGCUCUACAAGGAGAUCCGGAGCCAGAGGCCGUGGAGCGGGGCCCCUGAGACCAGUCACAGACCCGAGAAGGAGUGGCCUGUGAAGAGCCUCCAAGUCUACUUGGGAGUGAAGAAGAAACUCCGGCCACCCACCUGCUGGGGCUUCACUGUGGUGCACGAGACAGAGAAACACGAGAAGCAGCAGUGGUACCUCUGCUGUGAGACACAGAUGGAGCUCCGGGAGUGGUUCGCCACCUUUCUCUUUGUGCAGCACGACGGCCUGGUGUGGCCCUCAGAGCCCUCACGCGUGUCCCGGGUGGUCCCCGAGGUCCGGAUAGGCAGCGUAUCGCUGAUCCCCCUGCGUGGCAAUGAGAACGAAAUGCGCCGGAGCGUGGCUGCCUUUGCUGCGGACCCCCUUUCUCUCCUGAGAAACAUGUGAGUGCAGGAGCCAGUCCCUGGCUCUGGGAUUCUUGCUGCCUGGAAGCCUUCCUGUUCAGACACCCUCAUGCCCUGCGUGCCUGCCGUGAGCCAGCAGAGGGCGCAUGAGGAAGCUGCACCCCCACAUUCCACAUCCAGACUGCAGCAUGGGGAUCCCUGGCUGGUGUGAGGGCCUAUCUGAGAAGGAACCCCGCACCUGCUCUGUGCCAGGUGCUCAGCCCUCCUGGCCUGGUCU